GCUUGAACGCCCGUAAUAUCCAGCCUGCAACACCAUCUCACAGGAUUCCAAUUUAAUGGCGCCAUGGUGAUAGGGGCGUGAUAGAUAUACCGGGAUCUGGUCAUUUGUCUCUUCUCCUCCUGCCUCGUCCUCCCUCCACGCUUUUCCCUACCUGUGCAUCGUUUCAGUGGUUAUUGUCGUGGAACCGCUCAGCCUGCCUUUCGAGUGCGACUGCGCCGGCCAUCACAGCAACAAACCAACGCAGUCCGACCCUGAGCAGCCGGGUCUGUUUGUGGCUGUGUGAUCUUGCUCUGCCACCUCGUGCACUAUGUUCUUGUGAAAACAUGGCAACCUGCCUAGCAUAAUUCUUUCUCCUGACCUGACCUCGCCGUCUCUUGACUUCACCGGCCUGAAGCGGACAACUCGGAAACAGCCCUCCCUACGGACCAAUUGCCGCGUCGUUCAUCUUCCUGGAAAGAGCCCGAACAUCACCCUGUCAGACAGACCACCAUGGAGAAGAUUGUAAAAGGCGCUACGAAAAUCAAGCUGGCUGCGCCCAAGUCGAAGUACAUCGAGCCCAUAUUAUCUGCUACAAAUGGCGGAGAAUCAGGUGUCGCCGAAGUCUUCCGCACUCUACAACUUCGACUGAGGGACUCAACAUGGACGAUUGUCUUCAAAGCGUUAAUUGUGGUCCAUCUUAUGAUAAGAGAGGGUCAGCCUGAGGUCACUUUGAGAUACAUAUCCGAGUCGCCUAAGCGAUUGGCAAUCAGCAGCUUCACUGAAGUUCAAACUCAAGGUCUCAAUAUUCGAAGGUAUUCGGAAUACUUGUUAGAACGAGUGCGGGCCUUCCGAGAUACCAAGACGGACUUCGUCAAGUCGGGGGCUGGGAAGAUGCGCAGACUGACUGUCGAGAAAGGGUUAUUGAGACAAACUGAGGUUGUGCAGGAUCAAAUAGAGGCGUUGGUGCGAUGCGAUUUGCUAGGGACCCACGACCCGGAUAAUGAGAUUUCACUGACGGCGUUUCGUCUUUUAACCUUGGACCUGCUCGAGCUGUUCAAGGUGAUGAACGAGGGCACCAUCAAUGUUCUAGAACAUUACUUCGAAAUGUCUCGUCCUGAUGCUGAACGAGCAUUGCAGAUCUACAAGACAUUCGGAAGGCAGACCGAAAUGGUGGUCCAGUAUCUCAGUCUUGCUAGACAGUAUGAGACGUCGACUCGCUUGGAGGUCCCGAGAUUGAAGCACGCGCCAACAACUCUGACCAAUGCUCUGGAAGAAUAUCUCCACGAUCCGGACUUUGAAUUGAACCGAAGACAAUAUCUGGCGCAGCAAGAAGCAAAACGAACAGGCAAGCCGGUUUCCACCGCGCCAUCGGCCAACCCGUUCGACAAGCCGGCAACAAAGGAAGUUGCCACCUCUUCGAUUGCAGCCAAACCACAACCGGUGCAAUCAGUGCACAAGGGACCAGCACCGGAUCUGAUUGACUUCUUCGAGUCGAUUGAGCAGAAUCAGCAGACGAUGGGUCAGGCCAACUUCACCGCGCAGCCUCAUUUUCAGCAAGGAGUGCCGCAGGUUCAGGGAUAUCCGCAAGCGGCUAUGCCUCAACAGACGGGUUACAAUCCUUUCCUACAGCAGCAGCCGACUUUCCAGAGCCAGGCUCUACCACAACCUCAGGCCCAGCCACAGCCUCUGCAGACAGAUUUCACAGGUGCGGGAUUCGGUGGAUACGGGCCUCAACCACAACAGCAUAUACAGCCAGCAGGAGGGUUCCAGUUUUCGUCGCAGCUGUCACCGAUUCCUCAGAACGGCGUGGCAAAUUUCCAGCCGCAAGCCUUUUCCCCAGCUCAACCUUCUCCGAUACAACCACAGCAAACAUCCACCAAUCCGUUCCGGCAAUCCACAAUGAACACUGGAAACGCCCAGUUUUCGCCUGUGAGCCCCCCAGCUCCUGUGCGGUCAUCGACCAAUCCAUUCGCGAAGCACAACACUGGAGCUAUUUCCAACAACGACCAGACAGCAGGAACCAUCCACGACCAGACGACCUUUUCUCCAGUCUCUCCCGAGCAAACUUUCCCCUCCAAUCCGUCUUUCCUCUCCUCUCCGCCGCCACUCCAACCUCAGAGAACCGGAACCAACCCAUUCGCGAAGAACCGACCGACGACACCGGGAGGCCCAGUGACAACAAAUGUGACUGGCAGCACGAAUCCAUUCCGACAAAGCGCGUUUGUGAAUCAACAGACGGGUCAGGGGUGGCAGCAUAGCAACCAGGGGACGCUGUUGGGGUUUGACGUGAAUAAUGUAGACACAGUGCCGAUCUUCCCACGGCCGGGACACAGUUGAAGCUAUAGCACCGUAAUGUAAUGUCCGGUUUCUGGAUGAUGGGGACGAAUUGUACCUGUACUUCUACGCACGGCGACGAACACGAAUAAUCCAAGUGUUGGUUUGUAUGUAGCAGCCCAAUGUGGAGGGCCACGAGGGCCUCAAAUUGCCACCG